CAGCCGACCAGUCCCCACAGCAUCCCCGUUCGAGCAGCCGUUAGUCCAUUUUUCCGUCCAUCAGAACCACCGAGUAGCAUCAGGCUUGAGUCGCGGUGUCCAGCAGCAAAGAACGAGCAGCAAGCCGAGGCUUUCUUUUCCCGAUUCCCUUCACAUGCGUCCCGGUGAGAAGGCGGGAUGUACGUGGGAUAUGCUCAAGGAGCUAGUCCGUGAGAAGUACUACCCCACUUAUUAUCGGGCAGAGAUGGAGCGUCAGUUCUUAUCGCUCCAGCAGGGCACUCGUACAGUUGAUGAGUACGAGAGAGAGUUUACUAGAUUUGCAGCUUUCGUUCCGGACCUGGUUCGCACGGAGGCCCAGCGAGCACAACGGUUCAUCGACGGGCUUUAUCCAGCAGUCCGUCAUAACAUUUUGGGACACGGGACUCAGACCUACGCUCGUGCAGUUUCUAUUGCCCAGGAGGUGGACGCCAGCAUUAGGAGGGAGGCCGCCCGUGAUCGUCCUCAGCCGUCCGCCCCCGCCCAGUCAUUUACAGCUCCACCAGCCCUACCAGCUGCUCAGCCGGCAGAGGAGAAAAAGAGGAAGGGAAAGGGUGCUCAAACUGACAGGAGAACCCGACAGAGACAACAGCAGAUUCCACCGUGCCCGACUUGCGGACGACUUCAUCGGGGAGAGUGCCACAUGGGUCAGGACAUUUGCUACUACUGCCACGAGCCUGGACAUUUUGCGAGUUGCUGUCCGAAGAGACUUCAGCAGCAGCCCCAGCAGCCUCAGCAGCCACCACAGCAGCAGCAGCCACGUCA